UAGUCAAUUGAAUUGAUAUCUCGUGUAGAAACUCAUCUAGGAAAGAUUUUAUAUCUUCAGGUGGCUAAUCUGAUAUAAGAUACCACUAUAAUAUUCGUUCUAACAAAAAAAGACACACUUUCCAACACCCUCUACUUCCUUGAAAGGUCCGAGCUCUGUUCCUGCUAUCAGGUAUCUUGGGCUUGACUUGUGAAAGUCAAGAUUUUGCGUUAUAAAUUGUGAAAUGUCAGCGGUAGACGAUAUUUUGGAAAGUUGGGAAGACAUAGAUGAUCCAGGGGUCCUUGAUAAAAAAUUGGAUGUUCUCCGAUUGAAUGCUGUAGAAGCAUUAGAAGAGAUAGAAGCUUCUAGCUUAAAGAUUAAUAACAAUAAUACAAAUAAUACAAGAAUGAUAAUUUUGGGUGAAGAUGGGAUGAGAUCUCAAUAUGUACCUCCAAAGCCAACAGUAAAGAUAUUAAAAAGACCUACAAGAGAUUCCCAAGGUAGUGGCGAUGGUCCAUUACUAAAUGGAGACAAACCGAAACAACCUAUUAAAUCAUUAAAACAGAGGGAGCAAGAAUAUGCAGAGGCAAGAAGAAGAAUUUUAGGAGAAGAGAAAAGUCCUGAAGAAAAAGUAAUACAAGAAAUAAAUAGAAUUCAACCAAAGUCAGUUGUACCAGGUGGAAGUGCUCUUCCCAGUAAUGUUACUCGUAUGCCUAUCGGUCCAGAUGGAACACGGGGAUUUAAUGUACGCAGGUAGCAUGUCUUCCAGGGAACUAUCCUUAUCACCCAUCUUUUUCCUCUCCUUCCUUCUUCUUGGCAUGGGAAAGAGAGGCGGCUAUGAGGCCGACAGCAGAGAGCAGCCUCGUGUUCCUGAUCAACUGCGAGCAUUUAACUCGAUUGGUCUUAAGAGGAACACAUUGAGAGCUGUGCCCUGCAGGUCAUUACAUAGAGAUCGCACACGUGGAUCCAGAUUAUAUUUUAUCGGCGAAGAAACGUCACUAUAAUGGUGGUAACAUUCAUUGCCAGAUUAAUAUUAUGAUUUGUUAAUGUUUGUUAUAUUUUAAGAGCUCCUAUUUGAAAAAAAAAAAAAAGAAAACAAAGAAAAAAAUUGCAAUUGAAUUAAAAUUCUGAACAAUGCCAUGUGGAAUGCAAAGAAAAAAAAGAUAAAUUUUAAUAUACUGUAAAAUUACAUUUUAUUCCCAGAACUUGUAAUAUUAUUUAAGUAUAUUAACUGACCUAUAACAAUAAAAGAGUUACCUAUAUGUUAUUUUCGUAGUACUAUCUACAAUUAGGUAUAGAAAAAAAAACAAACAUUCUUAUGUUUACAAGGUAAUAACAACUUGGAUCUUGUUUAUAAAUAUCAAAUUGUAAUCGUGAAAUGUUUAUAUAUAAAAUACUUAAAUGAAAA